AUGUCAACUGGCAGCAACGCUUGGCUUAGCAAAACAGACAUUACCAACGCUUUCAAACUGCUGCCCAUGCACCCAUCACUUUGGCACUUGCACGGUGUUAAAUGGCGAAACAGGUACUAUUUUUCCACACGUCUCACUUUCGGUUCCAGAAGCAGCCCCAAACUCUUUGAUAUUUUCGCGGAAACGCUAUGCUGGCUGCUUCUGAACAUUAUUAGGUGUCACACAGUCAUUCACUACUUGGAUGACUUCCUCAUCAUAGAACCAAGCACACGCACACCCACCGAUAUCCUCAGCACCUCUGCACUUUUCACCACCCUCGGGGUACCUUUAUCUCCCGCCAAAACAAUUGGCCCCACCACUAAACUCAAUUUUCUGGGCAUAGAGCUAGAUUCUGCUACCUUCCGCGCCAGCCUUCCCACUGAAAAACUCGUCCGCCUGAGAGGGGAAAUAGACAUGUUCCUGCGGAGCGAUGUAUGCACCAGGAAAGAACUUCAGUCCCUAUUGGGGUCCCUGAAUUUCGCGAUGCGCAUCGUUCCGCAGGGCAGAUCUUUCGUGUCCAGGCUCCUUUGCCUGCUUCACGGGGUACCGGACGACUGCCUAAUUGCAUUGGACCAGCACGCCAAAGCUGACCUACUCAUGCCUCUUCCGCUAUAUUACAAAUAUGUUCUGACUUUUCGUUUUGCAAUUGAGGAAAUUAAUAGAAAUGUAAACAUUUUACCCAAUAUUACUCUGGGAUUUCACAUGUAUGAUUCCUGUUCUGACGGACCAAAGGCUGUAAAGAGCAUUCUUCAGAUUUUAUCUGGACCAGGAAAGUCAGUUCCUAAUUACCACUGCCGUGGUCGUGGCCAGAUUGCUGGAUUUAUUGGAGAUCACAGUUCUGUUACCACGUUACCUAUGGCACAGAUUCUGGGGGUGUAUAGGUACACACAGAUCAGUUAUGGAGCAACUCAUGAUGUCCUAAAUGACAGAUACCUUUAUCCAACCUUUUUUCGGACACUUCAAAGUGAUAACACUAGUUAUUCUGUGUUAUCAAAGCUGCUGAAACACUUUGGGUGGACUUGGGUUGGUAUUUUGGCCUCUGAUGAUGACAGUGGAGAGAAAGAAACUCUGGUUUUAACUAAACACAUGACCAGUAAUGGAAUUUGUGUGGCCUUUAAAAUUAAAAUAAAAGUUAUUUUAUUAAGAGACACAGACAGAGUCUUAGAGAGUUACAGGAACAUUGUUAAAGAAUCCACUGCUAAUAUUAUAGUUAUUUGUGGGACAUUUUCUCCGUAUGUUGCAAAUUUUUUCAGGGAAACAGGAGAUAUUUUCGCAGAUCGGACAUUAAUCCUUAAUCCUACUUUUGCAGUAAACAAUUUUUUACUUGAGUUUUACCCAAAGACAUUUAAUGGGAGCUUGGCUCUAGAGCAUUUUCCAAUACAAAUGCCAGAUAUGAUGACAUUCUUUAAAAGUUUCCACCCAUUAGAUCAUCCAGAUGAUUGUUUCCUUAAACAUUUAUGGCUGCUGCAUUUUCGCUGUGAUGUAGGAGACCAGAGUUGGCAUGUUCUUAAAGACAUUUAUAAAAUAUCUCUUCAUAAUUGCACUGGGAAGGAACGUCUUACAGAUUUUACGAAUUUUGCUCCUGAUGGACUUUCUCCUCGUGUAUACCAUGCUGUACAUGCCAUGACAGAGGGUCUUCAGCAGAUUAAUUUAUUCCUAAAUAGAAAAAAACAUAUCCACAAGGAUCCAGUACUACCUCCAGGUAGACCUAUUGUGGCAGGGGUGGACUCUUUGUUAUCACCCCUGUCGCAAUACAUUGAUACCCUUUUGCAACCUUUGGUUCUUAAAACUAAGGCUCACUUAAAGGACUCUAUCAACCUUCUUCAAACAUUAGACAAUUUUGUCUGGGUAGAUGGAUAUAUUUUAGUAACCAGUGACGUGGGUAGUCUAUACACGGUCAUUGAACAUCAUGUGGGCUGUGAGGCAGUAGAACAUUUUCUGAGAGCAGCUAAUUCCUUUAAAGACCAACAGAUCAGGUUUAUUGUUGAUGGGAUCAGAAUCAUAUUGCAGAACAAUUUUUUCUGGUUCGAAAAUGAGUUCUAUAUCCAGAGAAGAGAAAUUAGCCGUCAGGAAGUGCAUUUUUUGGACUUGAAAAUAUUCAUAGAGAAUGGGACAGUAAAGACCAAAACGUUCUUCAAAACUGUCGAUGUCAAUAGUUUUAUUGACAUCGACAGUUGCCAUUUCAAGACUUGGCUUUCCAAUAUUCCUAAGGGACAGUUCAUGCGAUUAAAGCGUAAUUGUACUGAUGACAACACUUUUAUUGAACAAUCUGACAUCCUGAAGAAACAAUUUUAUCAGAAAGGAUACGAAAGGGAACAGCUACACCACUAUUUGAGGAGAUUAACAUACUCAUAUGGAUCUAUCAAAAAGGAGUUUUUUAAUGAAAAUGGAGAAUAUGUUACAAUGUAUAAUAUUAUAAAUUGGAAGAUAUUGAAUAAUAAUAAAAUGGUUUAUGAUCUGGUUGGAUAUGUCAAUCCUCAUGCUCUGGAUGAUCAACAAUUUUUCAUUAACCCAACUACACUAACAUGGAAGAGCAAACGGAAUGAGAUGCCAAGAUCUCAAUGUUCAGAGAAUUGUUUACCUGGAAGCAGGAAAAUCCCCAAACCUGGAAUCCAUUCUUGCUGCUAUGACUGUGUCAAAUGUUCAGAGGGAGAAAUCUCCAAUAUUACCGACAGUGAAAACUGCAGGAAAUGCCCGAACCAUGAAUGGCCCAAUGAGGAGAAGGUUCAGUGUGUUCCCAAACAAGUGGAAUUUCUGUCGUACAGUAAUGAUGUGCUAUCUCUUGUUUUUUCAUCAGUCUCAAGUAUCUUUUUACUUCUGACUGCUUUAAUAUUGGGAAUUUUUAUUUUCUAUCAGAAUACACCCAUUGUUAAAGCCAAUAAUAAGACCCUCAGCUUCAUCCUUCUGUUCUCCAUCAUGUUGAGCUUUUUCUGUGUGUUUCUGUUCAUUGGUCGUCCUUUGGAUAUAACCUGCAUGCUGCGUCAAACCUCUUUUGGAGUCAUCUUCUCCGUAGGUGUAUCUUCUGUACUGGCCAAGACUAUCAUGGUUUGUGCUGCAUUCAGAGCUACCAAACCAGACAGUGUGUGGAAAACAGGGAUUGGAGUCAAACUUUCAAACAUAAUAGUCUUAUUUUGCUCAUCUGUCCAAGUUGUAAUAAGUAUUAUUUGGUUGGCUAUUUGCCCCCCAUUUCAGGAGCUGGACACACAAUCUUAUAAGGGAAGGAUUAUCAUCCAGUGUAACGAAGGAUCAGUUAUUGCAUUCUAUUUGGAGUUAGGUUAUAUGGGGAUCCUUGCCGCUAUAAGUUUUGUUAUGGCUUUCAUGGUGAGGACAUUACCGGACAUGUUUAAUGAGGCCAAGUAUAUCACCUUCAGCAUGCUGGUGUUCUGCAGUGUUUGGAUAGCAAUGAUCCCGGCCUAUCUGAGCACCAAAGGGAAGGACAUGGUGGCUGUAGAGAUUUUUGCCAUAUUGGCUUCCAGCGCUGGAAUUUUAGGGUGUAUAUUUCUACCAAAAUGUUACAUUAUUUUAUGCAGAUCUGAAAUUAACACAAAAUCAUAUUUGUUUGAAAAUAAAAAAGUGACAAUAUAA